AUGGCGGCAUCACUGUUCACCUUCUCCUCCACUUCAAGAAGAGUCGUCCCAGCUCCAAACUCUCCUCCUCUUCCCAUAUACAUCAAAGCCACCAACGUAGUUUUCAACCCUGAUAUUCCAGAUGUUCAUCGAGGUCUUGGACUUGAUGAUUUUGUUAAUUUCUUAGUCUCCUGCCGACUCCGAUACGCAAUCAGUGACGUUCCAUCAGAGUUCUUUCCCGAACAAGUCUGUGAGUUCUACUACACUGCAACAAUUAAUGAUGAAAACAACGUCAUCUCCGGGACUAUUGGCCGUGGAAGACACUCAGUCUUUAUUACCGCUGACCUCCUCAGUGCUGCGCUCAGGUUACCAAUCUUUGAACCCUUCUCUGAGCUUCCACCUAUUGAACGUUGUCGACGUCUCUUUGAUCAACUGGGAUAUGAUCACUCAAAGGCUGGUACUCGAUCAGCUCUCAUUCUGCAUCAAUGUAUGACUCCAGGAUGGAAGUUCUUCACCGGUGCUCUGUGCAAAUGUGUGGGUCACAAAUCUCGCAGUGGUGAUCAACUGAGCACUUAUGAGCAACAAGUCGUCUGUUCCCUUCUUCUCAACAAACGACUUGAUUAUGGGGCUUUCUUCUUUGAUCAGCUUGUUCAACUUCUUCGUGCAAAUGUACGCGCUGAUCAUGUCCCCUUUCCACGCUGGAUUGCUCUUGUGCUAGAUAAAUUUUUCGCUGAAGCUUACUACUCACACUCUGGAAACCCCAUCCAAUGCCCACGCAUGUCAGGUGCGAAUGUAUCAGGAUGA